AUGGCAUCCAAAGACGAAGAUGUGAUGCCCUCGCCGGGCUCUCCCUGGGCCUCACCAUUGGGACCUUGGGAUGCCAUCCUCAAGGCUGUCAAAGACCAGCUCCCAUCUCUGGACUCAGACUCCUCCUUGACGGACAGUGGGGAGGAGGAGCUGUUCAUCUUCCAGCGAAGGCAAGCUGUUCUCAUCCCAGACCUGUCGGAGGAGCUCGCUGAAGAUGCUGCCCAUGGCGACCAGUUGGGGACCAGGGUCCCUGUGCCCGAAAGGCCCCUCGCUGAGCCAGUUCUGGUGCCUUCAGGAUUUGCCACAGAACCCGGCAGUGGAUGGCAUGCAAGUCCACGGAAUUCAGCCUCCUGGGAAGUAAGAGACCCUGGCAGGCCUCUGGAGGGUCAUGGUGAGGUCAGCUCUCCUUGCAGGAUGACCGAGGAGACCCCCAAGUGGAUGGAAGACGGCCUUGGAAGCGUGUCCAUCGACACUAAGGGGUCCCAGUGUCUCCCCUGGAGUUGGCAGGGAGAAGCCACCCUCUCCUCGCAGGAAGGAGAUCUGAAGGCAGCACCCCUGAGCACCACAUCACAGGAGCCUGUAAACUACAGAACCCUCCGACAGGAGAGAAGAAAGAUGAUAGAGAAGGACAUCCUCCAGAAGGUCACCUGGGGUGCCUGGGACCCAGCCUGCAGGGACCAGAGCCAGGAGAAGGAGCUACCUGGGCAUACUGCCAAAUCGAUGCCCAGCCCAGAAAUGCCCCUAGAGGCGCCUCGGGAGGGGCUGCCGGUGCUCUCGCUUCAGCAAUUUGAAGAUUGGGAUUUGGAUUAUAUCCUUCAGAGUCUGGCAAGGCAAAAAGACAACGAGGGAAUUCGUGCACCUGGAAUGACGUGGUGGGCAGCAGACCACUGUCAAGUCCAAGACCACACUGUGCCCAGCGCCCAGGACAGGCUCAUGGAAUGGCUGACCCUCCUGGGCCCCACACAGCCCAGGGCCUCUGCCUCUGACCGGAAGGCACCUGCUGAUACCCCCCAGGACAGCGAGGAGCAGGAGGCCAGGAGCAGAUGUGUCUCAAGGAAGCCAAGCUCCUGCGCUGAGCCAGGCCCAAAGCUGACCAAGGCGGUGAGGCUCAAGACAGAGCCUCCCACCGUCUUCAUUGACCUGCGGCAGACGGAGCCCCCAGACCAUCCAUCCCCAGGGAGCCACAACUCCUCCAACAGCGAGGAGGAGGAGGAGGAGGAAACAGCAGUCCUGGGAGACCAGCAAGGCCCAGCGGAACGGGCUUCUCCUUCUUCCCAGGGGCUACGGAGCUGUACUGGGAAGAGUCAGCUGCUCCAGCAGCUCAGGGCCUCUCGGAAGGGGACAACUCAGCCCCUGCUGCCUGCCGGAGACAGUCCCAGGGGCCGGAAGGCUCAGGCCCCUGAAGAUGCAGCCACACUGGGAACUGGGAGGAAGCAACACAUGAGACUCUGGGCCGAGGGACACAGCACCCAGGCCAGACUCCAAGGAGGAAUUCCCCGGGCUCUGGGGGAUACUCUCAGACAAGAAACCGCCAGGGAUGCCCUGGGGCCGCUGUGGACACCUCAGUAGAAAGGCACACACAGGCCCUAGAGACCCCAGGCCUCCGUGACCAGCAGAGCACUAUGUGCUCCAACACCCAGAGCUUUGGCUGUGUGGACAGAGCGGCGGCCAUCCUGUCCAUACCCAGUAGGAGCUGGGGCCCUCGUGGACACAGCUGUCCUGUGACUGCAAACACUGUCCCCCAGCGCCCCUUACAGAGUCCUGAAACUGCGAUUCUCAGCCCCUACCAGGGCAUCUUUGCUGUCUUGCCACCUUGUUCUGGGAUGCUGCCCCACCACCUUCCAGUCUGCCUCACAGGAAGAGCAGAAGUGGGCAUCAUCACGGGUCCCUCCACAGGUUGCGAUGCACCAGGCCAAGAGACAGGCCCUGCCUGGCCUUGUGGCCACUGGUGGCUGAGAUUGGGGCCACAGACUUCUCUCCAGACCCCACUGUAUCUG